AUGGGUAAUUCACAAGGAAAGCCCGUGGCUUGCAACGAUGCGGUGAACUUGAACCAUUUCCGCCUGCUCCGCGUGGUCGGAAAAGGAGCGUUUGGCAAGGUCCGCAUUGUAGAGAGAAAAGAUACCGGCUUGACGUUUGCUCUCAAGUAUAUUCGCAAGGAAGAAGUGGUACGGUCGGAAAGUGUACGGAACAUUAUCCGCGAAAGACGAAUGCUGGAGCAUCUGAACCACCCGUUCCUUUGUAACCUGCGAUAUAGUUUUCAGGACAUGGAGUAUAUCUAUAUUGUGGUGGACUUGAUGAACGGCGGUGAUCUGCGCUUCCAUAUUUCGCGGAAGUCUUUCACUGAAGAAGCAGUCCGAUUUUGGAUGGCCGAACUGGCAUGUGCUCUGAGAUACAUCCAUUCGCAGGGCAUCAUUCACCGUGAUCUCAAGCCCGAUAAUGUCUUGCUAGACUCUGAAGGACAUGUUCAUUUGGCAGAUUUCAACGUCGCAUCUGAUUUCCGGCCGGGGAAACCGUUGACUAGCAAGUCCGGAACUCUUGCAUAUCUGGCUCCCGAGGUUUAUGAAGGCGGUGGAUAUUACUUUGAAGUCGACUGGUGGUCUCUAGGAGUCACAUUCUACGAGUGCAUAUAUAACAAGCGUCCAUUCGAAGGUCGCACUCAGGAGGCCCUAAGUGACAGUAUCAAGAAAGCUCAGCCCAAGUACUAUGUCACCAACCCAGCUGUGUCUGUGCCUUGUUUGCGAGCUUUGUCUGCCUUACUCGAAAAAGACCGCAGCCGUCGUAUCGGUGCGAUCGGCUUCGAGAGCUUUACCUCGCACAUGUUCUUUGCCGACAUCGAUUUCGACGCCCUCGAAAGAAAGGAAUACGCACCAGUAUUUCGCCCCUCUAGCGACAAGACCAACUUUGAUGCGACCUACGAUCUCGAAGAAUUGUUGCUGGAAGAAGCACCAUUAGAGGCCCGUGCUCGUCGACAAAAGCCCCGGGCGGAAUUGCGUGAAGAUGCCACUGCAAAAGAGGUCCGCGAGGAUGAAUUACACCGACUCAUUGAGACCAUGUUCGAGCCUUUUGACUACACGCUGGCGUCCUUCCAGGGCAGUGCUGCUGACGCCAUCGCUGCCACAACCAAUCCCGAAGAUAUUCUUCCCAUUGCGACCGCCACUACCACCACUUCCAACACCGCCACCACUAGUACCUCUCAUUCCCGUCACCUUUCACAGCCGGAAUCUUCCACGCUACACUCUCCUCCGCCUAACAAUGAUCGUCCUUACCACGCCGUUUCACAUAAUUACAGUGAAACGCUGACAGGGCACAGCGAGACCGCCGAUCCCAACGACACAGCCUCUGCUCCUCAUCCAUCGUCACCGUCGACCCGUGCGUCACCCUCACCUCCACCCGCGCCGAUGCCCCCAGCGCCAUCUUUCCACCGGCCGCUGCCCCCGGCGCCUCGUCCCGGUGGUGCUUCCCGCAAGAUGAGCAAGGGAGGCGGUGUGCAGAUGGUGUUGGAGGAAGCCGGCAGUUGGAGUGAGCUCGCAGAUCAAAGUUCCACGCUGCCUGCGGAAGGGUUCGAUGGAGCGGGCAAGGGCAAGCAGGCGAACAGCGGCAUGUUGUCUUUCCUCAGCAGAAAGAAGGGCCGCGACCGUAGCCCCAAACCCACAGAGCCGGGAGUCUUGGGCAAAGAGGGUGCUCGACAAAUCAUCAGCUAA